AUGUGGCGUGACCGCAUUUCAGGUCAAUCUACUCCCUCCGGAGCUAAUCGAAACCCUUCCUUACCGCCGCGACCCUCAUCGCAGCUCUCCCGAGGUCCAUACAACAACCGUCUUGCAGCUUCAAGGAAUUCAUCGACAUCUUUACUUUUACCCGCAAGUGACUCCAGCAGCUCUAAUCCAGGAAGAUCUCGCUCACCCAAUGGCCCAAGAUUGCGACGGACGAGUGCUCAGCAGCCCGCUCCGGCGGAUGUUCCUGAUCCGUUACAGGUCUUAAAGGGGAUUAUUGGAGAAGGGGUUACGGAGAAGAAUGUGCUACUUCUAUCAGGUCGCUUGGAUCAACGGCCAAACGAAUUAGUAACAUCCAUCGAUUUCAAUGGUCUGAAUCUGGAGGACUAUGUGACCCAACCAGACCCACCACCGACCAGAAAGUCUCCUGGCAGCGAUAUUAGGGCGCAAACGACCAAACAAUUUGAGAAAGAUAGAGAUAGAUUCCAGGAGCUGCACAUCUCAAUUACUGGCUGUGAUGAUGUAUCAAAGUCCGUCGAACUUUACUUGAAUGACUUCCAGACUGAAUUGGGAGCAGUGUCAGCCGAGAUCGAAACCCUACAAACACGGUCUACCCAGCUGAAUUCGAUGCUAGGGAAUAGGAGGAAUGUUGAGCGUCUUCUUGGACCAGCCGUGGAGGAGAUCAGCAUCUCCCCAAAAGCCGUUCGUACAAUUGUUGAGGGUCCUAUGGAUGAGAACUGGGUUCGCGCCUUGAACGAGAUCGAUGCGCGCACAGCAAGCAUCGAAGCAAAGGCAUCCUCAUCAAGUGGAUUCAAAGCCUUUGAAGACAUUCGGCCUCUUCUGGUGGAUUUGAAAAAUAAGGCGAUUGAACGGAUUCGUAACUACCUCGUAUCUCAAAUUCGAGCGAUGCGAUCCCCGAACAUCAACUCGCAAAUAAUUCAGCAACAGCGACUAGUGAAGUUUAAGGAUCUUUACAGCUAUCUCUCCAAGGCACACCCAACACUUGCCGGUGAGAUUGCCCAGGCAUAUGUUAAUACCAUGCGUUGGUACUACACCUCGAAUUUCACUCGAUACAUCCAGGCACUUGAGAAAAUCAAGGUCUACCCUAGUGAUCAAAAUGAAGUACUCGGAGGCAACCCCUCUUCACAUAGAGGGAAUAUCGUUCCAGGUGGCCGAGCUGGCUCUGCUGCCCAUGACCCCUUCUCGCUGGGUAGACGAAUUGACGUAAUUCGAAAUGGACACCAAGCCGCAUUGUCUUCCUACCUAGCCGAGGAAGAUACCACGUACCAUGGAAUUGAGGUACCCUUUCGCAAUUUCAAUAUCGCCUUAGUGGAUAAUGUCUCUGCUGAGUACUCUUUCCUCACCGAAUUUUUCUCUCCGUUGACGUUUCAUCAAAUUUCUCGCAAGGCCACGGAGAUCUUCGAGCUGGUAUUUGCGCUUGGCCAGAACCUGAUAAAGAAAUUGAUAGAUCACACCACUGACUCAUUGGGAGUUUUGAUGUGCGUGCGUCUGAACCAGCAUUCAGCAUUUGAGCUUCAGCGGCGCAAGGUUCCUGUGGCCGAUUCAUACGUGAAUGGAAUCAAUAUGCACCUAUGGCCACGCUUCCAAGUCAUUAUGGAUCUCCAUGGAGAGUCUCUCAAGCGCGUCGGAUCUAACACUGGACGCAGUGCGAUAUCCGCUCUUUCCAUCGCUGGGGGAGAUGAUAUGAAACAGUCUUCAGCUCCUCACUUCUUGACCCAGCGAUUUGGACAACUUCUGCAUGGAAUUCUGGUUCUAAGCAGUGAAGCUGGAGACGAUGAACCCGUUUCUAACAGCUUAGCUCGUUUGCGCUCCGAGUUCAACACCCUCCUGGUGAAACUGAGUCGGAAUGGCACGGAUGCUAAGCGCAGAGAGCGAUUUUUAUUCAACAAUUAUUCAUUGAUCUUAACCAUCAUUAGCGAUACCCAAGGCAAACUAGCAAUUGAACAGCGCCAGCAUUUCGAUGAGAUGCUUAAGAGCUGCAACUUCACCCAUGCUGUUAUCGGCGCGGGUGUCGUCGGACUGGCUAUUUCACGCCAGCUAGCAGCACGCGAAGGCACAUCAACAAUCCUCCUUGAACGCCAUGAAGCACCAGGGAUGGAGACCAGCAGUCGUAACUCGGAGGUCAUCCACGCUGGCCUAUACUACCCAGCCGACUCCCUCAAGACGAAACUAUGCAUUCGAGGCCGCGACAUGCUCUACGACCUCUGUUCCAAAAACGAGAUCCCACACCGCAACACAAAGAAAUGGAUAGUAGCUCAAACACCCGAAGAAUGGGAAGCCUGCCUAAAAGUCCACAACCACUCCCAAAGCCUCGAAGGCGCCCCAACCCGAAUACUCAGCGCAGAAGAAGCAGCUCGCCGCGAACCAGAAGUGCGAGCAGUAGCCGGCGUCGUGGAGUCCGAGAAGACCGGUAUAGUCGACAGCCACUCGCUAAUGACAUACCUGCAUGGCGACUUCGAGGAGCGCGGCGGAGACUGCGCGUUCAAGACGAUCGUCUCAGGCAUUGAGCGUGCGGAGGGUGGCGGCUACAGGGUUACAACUGUUUCAGAGGAUGGCUCCGAGACAUCCAUUACUGUCGAGACUAUCAUUAACAGUGCUGGACACGGUGCUUGCGCUAUUAAUAACCUCAUUCUCCCGCCCGAUCGCCAUCGCACUCCGUAUUAUGCCAAGGGCACGUACUUCUCGUACGCCGGUUCGCGGCCACGAACCAACGUUCUGGUUUAUCCCGUCACUAUGCCUGGACACGGUGGUCUCGGCACACAUCUGACGCUGGAUAUGGCUGGGCGGAUUCGUUUCGGUCCGGAUGUGGAGUGGGUUGAUGACCCGAAUGAUCUGAAGCCUAACGCUGCGCGCUUGGAACAGGCUCUUCCGGGGAUUUUGGCCUUCAUGCCUGGUAUUGACCCGUCGGCUAUCUCGCUCGAUUACUGCGGUAUUCGGCCCAAGUUGAGCAAACGCGGUGGAGUGAAUGUGGGUUCGGGUUUCAAUGACUUUAUUAUUCAGGAGGAGGAAGGGUUCCCUGGGUUUGUAAACCUUUUGGGCAUUGAAAGUCCUGGGUUGACUAGUUGUUUGGCUAUUGCGGACAAGGUUGAUGAGAUUCUUUACAGGUAG